AUGGACGACAGAGAGACUCCCAAGGAAGGUAAGGGUAUGGCUAGUCAUGUUGAGUUCACAAGCCAUGCUCGUGUGGACUUUCCAGAAGUCACCUGGUGGAAGCAUCCUGGGCUGCGGAAACUAUACAUUAUGAUGCCGAUUCUAUUCCUCGGAUCCUCAACAAAUGGAUAUGAUGGCUCCCUGCUGAAUGGUUUGCAGACCAUGACCCCAUGGGAAGAUUACUUCAACAACCCCAGCGGCUCGACACUAGGUCUUUUCACCGCAAUUCAGAACAUCGGCGGCUUCUGCUCAUUGUUCUUCGCAUCAUACACGGCCGACAUUUUCGGGCGCAAAAAGGGAGUAGCCAUUGGACUGGUAAUUAUCUUUGUUGGAGCUGUCAUCCAGGUUGUCCCAUCCGUCAACUCCAAUAUGUUCCUGGCAGGAAGAUUCCUUGUGGGUCUGGGGUCCAACAUAAGUCAGGCAUCCGCACCGCUGCUUAUCACGGAACUGGCCCAUCCUCAACACCGCGGGAGAUUGACAACCAUGUAUAAUACACUGUGGUAUGUGGGGGCGAUCGUUGCGGCCUGGACUGUCUUUGGCACAAUCAAGUAUACAUCGGAAGCAGCUUGGAGGAUUCCCGUCGGUAUGCAAGCGGCCAUGCCGGCUAUCCAGUUCUUCGGCAUAUGGUUUGUUCCUGAAAGCCCUCGUUGGCUUUGUGCGAAGGACCGCCCGGAGGAGGCGUUCGAGGUUUUAGUCAAAUAUCACGCGAAUGGAGAUAGACAAGACCCAUUCUGUGCAUUUGAAUUCCAAGAGAUCCAGGACACUAUUCGCUUGGAAAAGGAAAAUACAGACAAUGGGUGGAUGGUGCUAGUUCAGACCCCUGGUAAUCGCAAACGUCUAUUCCUCAUUGUCCUCACUGGGUUCUUCUCGCAGUGCUCCGGUAAUGGUUUAGUGUCGUACUACAUUCACGACAUCUUGAAAUCCGUCGGGAUCGAGUCCUCAUAUGACCAGUCAAUGAUCAAUGGUGCUCUCACGGUAUGGUGUUUUUUGAUCGCAAUCGGCACUUCGGCUUUUCUUGUGGAUCUUCUCGGCAGACGAAUGUUGUUCAUGAUCGCUGGCGUUGGAAUGUUGAUAAGCUUCAGCAUCUGGACUGGAUGUUCGGCAGUAUAUGAGAAAACAGGUGAUCACAGUGCUGGGAGUGCAGUCAUUGCUAUGAUCUUUCUCUUUUAUGGGGCAGCCGGGUUCGCGUGGCCUGGUCUGACGGUCGCAUAUACUGCUGAGAUUCUUCCCUUCAACAUCCGAGCCAAAGGUCUUACUGUCGCAAUGGCCGUUACGGCGGCAUCGUCGGUGUUCAAUCAAUACGUUAAUCCAAUAGGCCUGGAGUCGCUGCAGUGGCGCUUUUAUUUCGUGUAUAUUGCCAUCUUGGUGAUUGAGUGUUUCUGCAUUUGGUUUUUCUUUGUGGAGACAAAAGGUCCGACUUUGGAGGAAAUCGCAGCACUCUUUGAUGGGGAGAAUGCCAACGUGGCUGGUAAUGAGCUGACGCUCCGACCAGAAACAAAGUCUGUGAAUCCUUGA